GGUGUCUUCUGGGGCUUAUCGAUUCUUCCUUAAACUGGGAAACUACUUUGUUCGAAUCUCAGAGCUUUUUCGUUUCCCAUCGGAAGAAGAAACUCAUAUAUACCUUCCAAAAAAUCCAUACGUCAAGUAUUUGUUCUCUAUCCUCUCUUUGUUGUCUUAUAAAUUCUUCAAGCAGGUUUCGAGAUUUCCUCGAAUCUGUUUUGUUCUUGUUCCUCAAAAAUGCUGGGUUUUUGAACGAACGAGGAUGACGAUGCUCAGAGUCCGAAGCAGAGAUGGAUUGGAGAGAGUGAGUGUAGAUGGACCUCAUAUCACAGUCUCCCAACUCAAAACCCUAAUCCAAGAUCAGCUUCAGAUCCCUAUCCACAACCAAACCUUAUCCACCAAUAGAAACCUUCUCCUCGCUAAGAGCCCUUCUGAUUUCCUAGCGUUCACCGACAUGGCCGAUCCUAACCUCCGAAUCUCGUCUCUCAAUCUAGCUCACGGCUCUAUGGUCUACCUUGCUUACGAAGGUGAGCGUACGAUUCGUGGUGGUCCUGCUGUAACGCCUGCUGGUUCCUUCGGGAGGAAGAUGACCGUCGAAGAUCUAAUCGCUCGACAGAUGCGCGUCGGUCGCCAGGAGAAGGCUCACUGCGAUUCCGUCUCGUUCGAUCGCGAUUGCGCCAAUGCGUUUCAGCAUUUCGUCAACGAGUCGCUUGCCUUCGCUGUCAAACGCGGUGGAUUCAUGUACGGGAACGUCUCUGAGGAUGGUCAGGUUGAGGUGAAUUUCAUCUACGAGCCACCGCAGCAAGGGAUGGAGGAUAAUCUGAUUCUGAUGAGAGACUCUGAGGAAGAGAAACGUGUUGAUGCUAUUGCUUUAGGGUUAGGGAUGAGGAGAGUUGGGUUUAUAUUCAACCAGACUGUGACUCAGGACAAGAAGGAGUACACUUUGUCUAACGUUGAGGUGUUGCUUGCGGCUCAGCUUCACGCUGAGAGCGAAUUGAAGGAGUGGGUCACUGCUGUUGUGAAGCUUGAGAUCAAUGAGGAUGGUGGUGCUGAUGUUCACUUUGAGCCGUUUCAGAUGAGUGAUAUGUGCGUUAGGUUGUUUAAGGAAGGAUGGUUCGAGACUGAGAUUGGACCUGAGGAUGAUCCCAAGCUCUCCAAGUUGAAGAAAGAGGUUGUUGUUGGAGUCAAGGAUGUUAAAGAAGUCGAUAAUGAUUUCUUCCUUGUUCUCGUCAAGAUCUUGGAUCAUCAGGGACCGUUGUCGUGUACCUUCCCGAUAGAGAACAGGAACACUCAAACAACAAUGCGGGCUUUGAAAACGCAUAUGGAGCGAGCAAGGAGCCUCCCAUUCGUGAAGAGGAUCUCUGAUUUUCAUCUGCUUCUCUUUGUGGCUCAGUUUCUAGACGUAUCAUCCGACGUCCCUGCGUUGGCUGAAUGCGUCCGUCUACAGUCUCAUGUCCCUGAGGGAUAUGAGUUGCUCAUCGACUCCAUGGCCAAUACUUCUUAAGUUUUACAAGUCUGUGUGUUCAUAUUCUCUCCUUUAGAUUUGUGUACAGCUGUUACUUCUUCCUUUAAAUUAUCUUUGCAUAUGGAAGAAUAAAAAGAAGAAAUAUUUCAGAGAAGUUAAGGUCUUAAAUGAUAGUUUUUAUUGGAUUAUCCUGUUCAAGUUCAAUGAAACAUUUACUAGUAC